CGCACUGCACAGACACAGACUGAGUAUUAUAGUUGAUAGUAAUAAUAUAUAUAUUAUUAUUAUAUCAUCUCGCCCUAUAUUGUGCUAUAAUAUUGUCCUAAUGAGUAAUAUUUAAUAACAGAUAAGUAAACAACUCAUUGUUUCGUAACACCGACCGCACACCGCAAUACGACUGGACGGCGCGAGACGAGACUAAUUGUUAUUAUUACGAAUCGAUUUCCAGUGUAAACGUCGCGUAGGUGUUGCCGUCGUCGCGAACACUCGUCGUCACCGAUGACGCGUUCGUUCAUCGUCGCUGCACAACCGCUGUCGCACGUCUUCAGCGUCAGUCGUCGCGACAACCAGUGACCGCCGAACCACACCAUCGACCGCUGCUGUCUACGUGCCUACCUAGUCGUAGUCACCUCAGCUCCCGUCGCCCGGACAGGCCGUCGUCGACGCCAACCAUACACGUUGGACAGUCGUGCAAAGGCAACACACCGAGUAGGAAACCCGGCGCCGACCUAGCAUGACGCUGGACUACGGUACGGCCAGCCGAGCAGCGCAACUCGUCGAACGUUUGACCAGCACCGGCGAAAACGACGUCGACCGCAAGUUGUUCGACGAAAUCGAAAAUAUUUGCAAAAAAUCCUCAAUCUACAUCGACAGAGUUCAUGCAUUACUAUUUCAUCAACUCAAAGAAAAACAUUCUCAGAUUCGUUUGAGUGCGCUCCGAAUUUGUGAUCGUCUUUUUAAGAAAUUCGAACAUUUUAGAAAAUUAAUAAUCGUCGAUAUUUCGAUUCUUCUAAAACUCACAGUUAACACCGACGCAGGACGAACAUUGCCCCCGCCUAAACAAUUCGCUACGGAUUUGGAACUUUACUCUAUUAGAUGCAUCAAGGAAUGGAAUGAUGAGUUUGGGAAGGACUUUAAAGACGAAUUUAAUUUUGUGUUUAAGUAUUUGAACAAAUACAAAAAAAUUGAUUUCGAAUCGAUGACCGUGCGGUCCAUUACCAGUGCGAGACUACUGGAGGACAGGGAACAGCGACAACGGCGUUUGAAUGAUGAGAAAUUGAAAAAAAUUGAAACUGAAAUAAAUGAUCUCGAACCGGAAAUAACGAUCGCGGCUAGAACCCUGGAGAGUUGUCUGGAAUUGCUAAUUCCCACUCCGGAAGAGUUUUUUAUACCUGAAGCGGAGGAAGACGUUGUCCUUCCGUUAAAGCCAUCGGAACUGUCGUCGACGGAUUCCGGACGAAAAAUUGUCACAGAGGUCGAGUCGGGCGACGAAAACGAAAGAUACAGAGAAACUGGCAUAAUUGACCCUGCCGCGCACACCGUGGCAGUCACACUGAGACCGGAUUUCCGAAAAAGGGUGAAGAAAUCCGAAGAUAACUUGGCUAUAAUUGAAAGCGCAAACGAACAAGUAAAGCUGAUAUCCGACAAGUACUUACCAAAAAUCAAAAUAUGGUUGCAAGACAUAGCUAAAAUUUCGAAUGGAGAACUCUUGAAACGAACGAUCGAACUCAAGCGGCGUUUAACCGACCUGACGAGCCGAGAAAACAAAAUCACGUACUACGAAGACGAUGAUGAUUGUUCUAGCGACUCCGACAUGGAAGAAGUACUCCCUCAAUCGUCCGCCGACGAUCUGUUGGCUCAAUGUUUAGCUAAACCCGAUAACAAUACUCAAAACGAUUGCAGUGACCGCGCGGACUCCACAAAAGUUUCGGAGAGAGAUGACAAUCGCAACAGUGCCGUAGCCGUGCCGAAGUUGCCGUUCGACAUCGAUCUAUAUCACUGGGAAGACGAACAACUUUCAGCUCCUCGUAUUUUACCUACAAAUCAAGAUGGUCAUAGUUUUUGGACUUCGAAUUCCGUAAUGGACACUGACUGUGACGGUAUUGUACUGCCAGGAGGAUCUGAAAAUUUACGCACACGAGUUAUCGAAUUUACUGGAAAAUUCGAAAGAGUAGAAAGACAGUGUAGAGCCCCAUUGCCAAGCGGUAGAUUAUGCCCAAGAGAAGACCGUUUUAAGUGUCCGUUUCAUGGACGAAUUGUACUAAGAGAUGAGCUUGGUCGAGUUGUCGAUCCGGAAAACAAAAUAGUUUUGGAAAAAGAGAAAAAACAGAAUGUACCUGAUUGGCAAGAUCCACAGCUGCUUAAAGAUAUACAGCGUCAAACAGGGGUUGAUCUUACAAUGCCGAAAAAAGGAAGCAGAAAGAACCGUAAACAAAGUUCAAAUCUGACAAAUUUAAAAAAAGAACAAGACACUCCACGUGCCCGGCUGGAAAAAAAAGUGUUCAAAAAAUCAUCUGUGAAGAAAGUUGCUAAAAUUUUGGAUGGUAUGGAUCAGAGGAAAUUUCGAGACAAAUUUGGAGAUCAAUUCAACUAUGUCCAUGAUACAGCGUAAUGUUUUUUAUUCCUUCCUGUGUUUUUUUUUCUUACCAUUAAGUAUUAUAACUUAUAAGAUGUUAUAGUUGAAAAAUUAGUGUAAUUGAGUUAUGUGAUAAAUGUUUACCUAUUGUCUCUGAACUAUUUUGUGUAUUUUUGUAAUAAUAGAUAUAAGAAAAGUAUAA